UUCUCACCGCCGCCGCCGCCGCGUUUCGUCUGUGACUACUGGCCCGUUCGCUGAUAACUCGCGUAGAUAAUAUUAUUAUUAUUUUUUUUUUCACUUCCAACAACGUCUAAUAUCGUAUUGUAUUAUAUUAUUAUUAUUAUUAUUUAAAUAAUAAUAAAAUAUAUUAGUAUAAUAUUAUUCGCGCACAGUGAACUCGCUCGCACGCACGCACCGCGGACAGCGUUCUUGUAAUAUUGUAGUAUUAAUUAGUUGAUAUUACGUUAUACGCGUCGUAGUUCGACGAGGAGGAGACGAGACGGCAACGCGUCCGUUAACGAUAACGUACAUGAAAUACGCGCGCACGUAGUUGGUACGGCGUCGGUCGAUCGACAUACAUAAUAUUAUAAUCAAUAAAUAGUAAUUGGUUUUUUUUUCUCAGUUCUCUCGUUCUCGUGUGAUCAUCUGCUUUUACGUUUUGUCGUUCGCUCCGUCGAUCUUGUCUCAUCACGACACGGCCCGGUGACAGUAAUAUGCGAUUGUUAUUGUUCUGCUCGCACGGCGUUCAGCGUUCGAAAAACGGUUCUCGACGAAAUGCGUAAACGACGGACCCGGCGCCAACAACAAGAAGACGACGACGACGACGACGACGACGAAGAAGAAGAAAACGACGACGAACACCGCCACCACCGCUACCAAGAAUACGUAUGACGACGGUCCUACCACCAACGUCGCUUGUUGUCCGUUCGCUUGGCCGGACAUUUGGAGGUCGCUGCAUCCACUGCUAUCCAUCUGGAAGCCAGUUGUCGCCAGAGCACCUUAGUUAAAGACGUUCCGUCUAAGAAUUGUGUCUGCCGCUCACCUCAACAAGUGCUCGUGCCACUGACGAUACUUGUCCGGCUACGUUUUUUUUAUUCCCCUACGGGUACGUGCGAUUCAUCAUUACUGUGGAACUUCCCUUAGAAAUAGGUAUAUGACAUAGUAUGAAAUAAAUAAAAUGGAGGACAGAAAAAGGACAAUUCUUUCUUCUGGCAAUUCCAACACAUCAUUAACUCCUGUUAAACUUCAAAAACUUAAAGAAAAUGAUAAGAUAACCAAUGAAAAUGAUAAUGUUUGGAGUAUUUCAAAAGUAACUAGAGGAGCUUCUAGUGCUAAGAGUUCAGGUUCCAAAACAGUAAUGAAACAUGCUUUACGACAACAGGCUAAACGAAGGCGCAAAAACACUACUAUUGCUGCUGGAAAUGUAGCUCCUCUUCCAAGAAUUAUACUCCCCUCCAAUCAGAUAAACACCAUUGAAGAUGAAUCUAGAGUACCUACUAUGAUAGAAGUGUUAUCAUCUAUUCCAGGAUUUAGCUUGGUAAAACCACGUAAACGUCCAGGAUCAAAACGAUUGUCAGCUGCUGCUCAAUUGCAACAAGCAAAGGCUGAAGGUUGUGUUGAUUUAGAGACGCCAGAUUCUGUUCUUGCACAAGUUAAUUUAAGAUCACUUUUGAAUAAGCAAACUUUUUCAAUGCUCCCACGACUCUAUCAACAUAAACUUAUUCAAAUGUUACCACAUGUUGAUCGAGAAAAUUUAAAUGAUACUCAAUCUGAUUUUCGGCCAUUAUUAAACCCAUCUGUUUUAAAUAACGAGUUCUUUGCUCAAGCUUGUCUUGAAUGGACUGAUAGACUAUCAGAAGGGGAGUUUACACCUGAAAAUCAGCAAAAAAUGAAAAUGGAUAUUGAUCGUGAAAAAAGCAAACUAGAUCCAUUUAAGUUAAAGUAUUUUGAACCUAUCUGGGGUGAAAAUAGACUAUCAAAUUCAAAUGCUGCUGUUUCGGACUGGCGUAAUCCUAAGCAUAAGAAAACUGAAACUAUCACUGUUCCAGUCAACACACCACCUGUUAUUACAGUUAGUAAGAAUGUACCAAUAAAUACCAUAACAGCAACAACAAAAGAGGCGACAACAACGACAACUACAAUUACUACAACAACAGCAACUACUGCAACAACAACCAUACCAACCACAUGUUCUUCAUCUGAUGAUAUUGAUAUUAAAAUUGAAGAUAACAAAUUAGAAUUACCAUGGGAUUCUGUUGAUUCUACGACUGAUUCUACUAUAAAACCAUUUAUGGAGGAUUUGGUUUUGACAAAAGAUGAAGACAUUGUAAUAGAUAUUCCAAUGAAAGAUGAAUUUAUUGGUGAUGUUGAUAAAAUUGAUGAUGUUAAUUUGGAUGAAACAUCAGUGAUUAAAAACUGGUCUUCGUUAAUGAAUGAUGAUCUGGGUACAUUAAUUCCAGAAUAUGAUUGCGUUUCUACUUCAAAAGAAAAAGAACAAAGUGAAAGUGAAGUCCAAUUGGAGUUGGAAGUUACUUUAACUCCAAAAAUAGAAGAUGUAAACUCAACAACUAAUCAAAUUCUACCAAUCGAGCCAAAUGAUAAUAAUAUGAAUAUGAAUAUUAUUCAAGAACUUCCAAAAAACAUUUCUCCACCUGUGGUUGUUCGAAUGCCUAGUGUUAUUCAGCCUCUUGUUAUUACUUCUUCUAACAGUUCACCACUACCUAGUACUCCAUCUUUAUCAAUAUCUCCGUUACUUCAAUCUCCUCUAGAAUCUAAUAUCCCUAAUGAUUUUUCAUUUAUCAACACAAUAUCUAAUAUAUCAUCAGCUCCUUCUGAUCGUCCAGUUCACCAUACUUAUGUGUCAUCGAUCAAAUCACAAGUGAGCUCAAGUAGCGGUGGAUCUAGUAGAACACUGGGUAGAACAUCAAUGAAGCAGCAACCACCAGGUGCUAUUAAUUUAGAAAGAAGUUACCAAAUAUGUCAAGCUGUUAUACAAAAUAGCCCUAAUCGUAAUCAACUUAGGUGUCAACUGAAACCACCACCAGCAGUAUUAGUUGGCAAAAGUUCUAUCUUACGAAAUGGACCAAAACCAAUAAGGAACAUAAAUAUCACCAGCAGUUCACAACCCCUGGUCGUUAGACAUGUAUUUGCAUCUUCUCGUGGCAUUCCAGUAACAAUGUCUGUUGGACCACCGUAUACAUCUGAUCAACAACAACUAACCGAAAAACAAAUGGGACAGUACCUGUUGGUUCAGAGGUCUGGUGGAAUAACAGGUAUACGCCGAUCCUCGAGUGCUCCUCCGACCAAUAACAAAAUAGCUCCAAUUUUAAAUGGCGGAAGACCAGCAAGUGUAGGUAUACAAGUAUCUACCUAUGGUCAGUCACAGCAAACAAAUGAUUGUUCGUGUAGUCUUAACGCUAUGGUAGUAUGUAAGAAAUGUGGAGCGUUUUGUCAUGACGAUUGCAUUGGCCCUUCAAAACUUUGUGUUACGUGUCUUAUUCGAUAAUAAAGCUCAAAGUUGAUACUAAAAAUAUUAUCAUAAAAUGUAACACAAACUAAAUUUCGAUCAGGUUUUUCACAAAUUUACGAAAUGCAUAGCUGAUAAAUUAUUAUUUUUCUUAAUUGACUUAUUUUUUGUCGUCUAUAUUUUAUUUGUUUUAUUUUUAUUUUUCAAACCCUCAGUCCUAAUUAUAUUGUUAUAUAUAUGUAUAAGUUGGUCCUUUUAAAGCUAAAGUAUUGACAAACAUCAAUACUAAUUAUUAGCUUAUUUAAUUGUUCACACUCAUUGACCAUAAAAACCCUAAUUACACAAAAGCAAAGUAUAAAUAAGAUUAAAAUUAAUUAUUUAUUUAUUACAAUAAAUUUAAAAAACUCAUAUAUAAUAAAAUUUAUAAAUCAUAAAUUUAACCAAAAUGUACAUAGAUUUUACCCCCACCCUAAAGAUAAUCAUGUGUACUUAUAAGGUAAUUUUUAAACAUCUGUUAUGUAUUUUUAAAGUUUUAAGGUUAAUCACUACUCAUAAUAGAUAGUAACCAUAAAUACAAAUCAAACAAUUUCUCAUUAAUAUUCUGAACAUUUUGCAUAUUGUUCUUAUCAUAUUAUUUUCGAUAAGAAUUAGCUCAUGGGAAUUAAGUAUAUAAAGUAAUAAUAAUUUAUAAACAAUUUAAAAAAAGAUACAUUUAUGCAUCCUUAAGGUUUAGUUGUCUUGUUAAACUGAUUUAGUUCGGUUUUCAGAAUGUAAAUAUUUACAAUAUUAAAAUAAAAAUUACCUUGUAUAAGUAUAGCAUUUUAAUUAUUAAAAAUUUAAUCAAAGCAUUUUUUAAUUCC